CGCCCCCGCACGGCUCCCGCAGCGGCCGCGUUUUGGGGGUGGCGGCUCCUCCCGGCAGUGCGGUAGAGCGCGGCCGCCAUUGCAUCACGGCGCGCCCCGCGCUCGGCCGCGCCUCCAUCCCGCAGCCCGGCCCCGGCCCCAGCUCCGGCCCCGGUCCCGGCACCAGCCCCGGCCCCAGCGGGGGGGCGGCGCGGGUGCAGCCGCAGCGAACGGCCGCCGCGGCGCUGCGCUGCGCUGCGGGGAGAGCGGGCUCCGCGGCACCGGCGGGGGGAGCGACCCCCGGCCGGGCCCCAGCGCCGGCAGGGCUUGAGGCGGCAGCCGGCGCCCUCCCGGCCCCGCGGUCCGCGCAGCACCCCGGCGGCGGGGCCGGGGCCCGGCGGGAUGCGCCGACGGUGACGGGCCAGUGGGGGUGACGGGCAGGGGCCUGCGCCGGCCGCCAUGGGGCCCGCCUGAGCGGCGCGGCCGCGGCGCAGACAGCCGGGCCGGCCCGCCUGCCUCCCGGCUGCGGGGGCCAGGCCCGGGCCGCCGCCGGCCGCCGAGGCGCCGCGGUCCCGGCCUAGCGCGGGGCCUCCCGGGCGGCGCGCCCCCUGCGGGCGGGCGAGCGGCGCGGCGGCGGCGGCCGCCCCCGGGCCCGCGGGCCGGGCAUGGGCGGCGCGGCGGCGGGCGGGCGCUGAGGCGGGCGGCGGCAGCAUGGAGGCCAUCUGGCUCUACCAGUUCCGCCUGAUCGUCAUCGGCGACUCCACCGUGGGCAAGUCCUGCCUCAUCCGCCGCUUCACCGAGGGGCGCUUCGCCCAGAUCUCCGACCCCACGGUGGGCGUGGAUUUCUUCUCCAGGCUGGUGGAGAUCGAGCCGGGCAAGCGGAUCAAGCUGCAGAUCUGGGACACGGCCGGGCAGGAGCGGUUCCGGUCCAUCACCAGAGCCUACUACAGGAACUCGGUUGGCGGACUCCUGCUCUUUGACAUUACAAACCGCAGGUCCUUCCAGAACGUCCAUGAGUGGCUAGAGGAGACCAAGGUGCACGUCCAGCCAUACCAGAUCGUCUUUGUUUUGGUAGGUCACAAGUGUGACCUUGACACCCAGCGGCAAGUCACCAGGCACGAGGCUGAGAAACUGGCUGCUGCAUAUGGUAUGAAGUACAUUGAGACCUCAGCUCGGGAUGCCAUUAACGUGGAGAAGGCCUUCACUGAUCUGACUCGAGAUAUAUAUGAGCUUGUUAAAAGAGGGGAAAUUUCAAUCCAGGAGGGAUGGGAAGGGGUAAAGAGCGGGUUUGUCCCAAAUGUAGUGCACUCUUCAGAGGAAGUGGUGAAAUCAGAUAGGCGAUGCUUGUGCUGAGCUCUUCUAGUGAGGCAGGUGAUGAACUCUACUAACCAAAUGUACUUUACUAAGUGAACUCAGUGUGACAGAAGGGAGAGCAAUACUCCUGUUGUGAACAGCCUCCCCUGUUGUUUUGGACACCAGAACAGACCCUGGAAAGAAAUGUUCUGUUCCAAAUAACCUUUCAGAACUGGGGGGCUACAAACCUAAAGGAGAGUGAGUGAGGGUGCAUGUAGAUGUUGUAAGGAGAGAGGAAUCAGAAAUGAGGGGCUGCAGGAGACAGGAGAGAGUAUACAGAGAGCUGAACAGGCUGGCACAUGCCAGGGCACUGUGCGUGUUCUCUUUUAAGUAAAUCCAUAGCUCCAUGCUGGGUAUUGAAGCUGCAGUAUGGAUACUUCAGUAGUGUGACAAAUGGGCAGACAGAGAGAAAGAAAGAGGACGUCUUUCUUUGUGUCAGCUGUUUUUUUCCAGGAAGGUGUAAAGGCAGCACAGAUACCGUUUCCUCAUGAGGCCAACUCCACAGGAAAAGUUUACUGACAUGGUAUGCACACUUCUGAAUUUUCUUUCUUAUAUUCUUGAACCUAGUUCGAUAGCAAAGAAUAUUCUGUGGAAUUUAAAGAGGAAAACAGCAGUUCUUUGAUUGGUAAUUAAAACUUAAAUUAUUCCCCUCCCCAGUAGUGCUUUCCUUGCUGCGCUGAACUGGGAUUCUAAGUGGCAACUCCUGCUCCAGUACUAAUUAUUCGGUGCAUUUUUGCGCAUUUACUGCCUAGGUGAGUACCUUGAAAGUACCCUGAGUUCAGGGCUUUCCAACAGAAUUCAGUGAUCAAGAGCGUAGAGAGAACCAUGUCCUCAUCUUUUACACCUCAAAGGCUGGGGUGUUGCAGCCAGGUGGGACACACCACCACCUCUGUCCUGCUGACAGCACUGUGCUGACCUUUUGGGUGUCUUACCAGCCAGGGCACGAGGAGGAAUGGAAGGGAGGGGCGGGGGGAAAAACCCCAACAGAAUAAAAAAAAACUUGAAAAGCUUAACUCAGGUGCAUCAGACAUCCUAAAAGGUGAGAUUUGCUUUUAAGUAAGUUACAUAGCAUGGAAAGCAACAGCUUCCAUCAGUACUUUCUGCUGUUAAAGCGUCAUUUUCUUUCUUGGCAUCUGUGGAAGGAGAGAACUAGCGCUGGGGAGAAGGAGCACACAAAAGGAGUGUCUGGGCAGGUGGAAAGGAAAGCCACAAGACAAGCUCAAGAGUAAAUUUGUUUUCCACCACGUUUUAAUUUGACAAAAGAGGUUCCAUCUCAGGUUGGUCAUCAUGGGAUGGUAGCCGUGUUACAAAAGCUGUAAGUAGGUGGCCGUUUUGUGGGAAGGCCGUUCACCACUUAGAAGCUUUGCUUCCGCUAAGUUUUAACUGAAGCUUUUGAAGUGCAGCAGGGUAACUGUGCUCCUGUAGCAAACCAGGGAAGUUCAGCCUAUUAAAAGCAAACAAACAGAACUAUAGUGAAUUAUUUUUUUUUGUACUCAAGUUGCAAGCUUUAUACACCAAACUGCUAAUGGGCAGGAGGGAGGGAUUAGGGAAAAACCCCAGGAAGCAUCUAGUGUUUGAUUUCAGGCCUCUAAGUAGAGAAGAGUAAAAUAUUUGUUACAGCUUUUUAAGCUAUGGCAUGAGUUCAGACUGUUUCUCCCUUUAAACCUGUUCUCACUGUUUGCAGCACAUGGGGCAGGUCUGUAUAAAGAAAAAACCCUGUGGUUUACGUAUUAAAGCUGUAAAAAACUCCAAACAACAAACCCAACCCAACAGCCAAAACCUUGCAAAUGAGUAACGUUUUUAUUUUCUGUGUCCUAGGAACAUUUUGGGUUCCUGGGCUCUGCAGGGCAGCAGCAGGUGCUGGAAGCAACCUGGAGGAAGGGAGGGGUGGCAAUGGUCUGGCGCCUUUCCGUAAGCUUGUCACUGCUAACCCCUGGUUGCUCUUGAGUAGGCUAUCACCGUCUCAAAAACCUUGUGCUAAGCCCCGUGAAUUCCCAGCAGGUUCAGUUGUGGUUGAGUUGAAAGCCCUGAAGAUCAAGAAAAAUUUACAAAAAAAAAAAAAAAAAAUCCCUUUACAAAAUCUCUUUCUAGGUAAGCAAAGCUGGCGAAGAUGAUGCAGAGAGCGCCACAGGAGCUUGGCUGCCAUGGGCUCUCGUGGGCUGACACCAGUGGAGAGCGCAAGGUUUGCUCGCACCAGGUCUGUUAGUUGUGUGUUCCCAAAGGCAAGGACGAACCAGUAGAGAGGGGUCAGUUUCUUCGUUCUCUGAAUGGAAAGUCCCUCAGGCAGCUGCUGUGGCUCUCUGGGGUCCCCCUGAUCAUGAGGUGUGUCUUGGGCUGCCCAGCUGAGGGUAGCAGCUGUCCUUGAGGGCACAACCAGGGUGCUACAGCCACAGCAGUUAAGAGUGGGAUCAAACGGCCUUUUAGCAAUAGUAAAAUUCUCUAAUUCUUUGUGCAGGAACCUGGCCAGCAGGGGAAAGAUCCCUUUUCAUGAGACAACCACUAUCUUAUUUAAUGGGGUUUGGACAUUCCCCUUUACUGCUCCCAGAAAGCCUAAAUCAGUAAGUGCAUUCAGAGUAAAUCUUCAGUUUAAAAAUACAAGUGUCAUAGUUCUAAAAAGGAACAGUAUAGAAGAAAAUGUAUGCAGUCUAACUACUUAGAGGUAAUAAAUGGUUAUAUUAAAUGAUAGAGAAAUCAUUAUCUACAUCUUUUUCUAAUUCCUUGCAUUUUCUAGACAGCUUAUUAAAAUAUAGGAAAUGUAGAUUCAUCUGUACAAAAUUUGGAAUGUUUUUUCUAAGAUAAAGAACUUAUAGGAUAUGUUAAGAAUUCUUUUCUAACAACUGGUUUUAAUGCUUUGACUUCUAGUGCAAGAGGGACUUAGAGAAAUCAGAAGGUGAUACCUUUCAUGGGAUAAAGGUCAGGAGCUCUUUUACUCUAGGACAAAAAUUAAAAAAAAAAAAAAAAAAAAAAAAAGGAAAAAGCUAACUUUCUGUGGUCGCUACCACAUGUUAAAAACAAUCUGCAUGUUAGAUUGAAAUUGCUCAGAACCUGCAGAAUAAAAGCAUACUAUACACUUUCCUUGCUUUCUGUUAUGCACUGUUAACGAAAUGUGAAAAUAAUGCUGUAUUUAGCUGUCUGUAUGUGACUGAAAAUAUGCUUGUAUUUAGCAAAAUGGUUACUAUGUGAUAAUGUGAAAUUCAAAACUUGUAAAGAAACUUUGGUGGUUUUUUUUUUUUUUUUUUCCUUUCCCCCUCCCCAUUCUCUAUCAGUAAGCUGUGGACUACCUGUACCACUUCUAUACCGCAGCCCUAACUCAAAGUCUUAACGUGGACUGGCUCAACAAUAAACAGGCACUCUUGGCAACAGUA